AUGAGCGGAGCGUUAUAUGGCAUAGAUAUCGACGACCUAGAAAAGACGAUGGAAGAGAAGAAGAGAGGAGGGACAAUGAUUGGGAACCAACGAAUACAUGUCAUGAAAUAUGCGGAUGAUGUGGCGCUAGUUGCGGACACAGAAGAGGAGCUAAGAGGGAUGCUGAAAGAGCUGGAAAGAUACACAGAAGAGAAUAAGAUGGAGGUGAACGUGGAAAAAACAAAAAUUCUGAUAUGCAGAAAUGGAGGUAGAAAAAAGAAGGGAAAGAAAUGGAUGUAUAAAGGAAGUGAGGUCGAAGAAGUCAAAGAAUUUAAAUAUCUUGGGUACCAUUUCACCACAAGGAAUAGCGCAGGGAAACAAAAAAAGGAACUAGCACAAAAAGCACAAAAGGCCACAAAUGCAGUAUGGGGAGUGAUAAAAAGGAGCAAAAGGAACAGCAUGAGGGACAGGAUGUAUCUGAUGAACACUGUGGCAAGAACAGUAGCUUUGUACGGAGUGGAGGUCUGGGGGUGGGAAAAGUCGGAAGAAAUAGAGAGGGUGCAUAGGAGGCUCUGCAAGAUGGCAUUAGGAGUAAGAAGGGAUACACCAGAAUAUAUUUGGAGGGACGAGAUGGGAGUAGAAAAGAUGUAA